GUUAUUUUUAUUUUACAAAGACCUAAAAAUAGAGCAAGGUUUGAGAUGGAAAGAAAAGUCUAUCCUGAAAAUGGCGUCUUCUAAAGAAAGGGGAAGGGCAUUGGAGGUGGGUAUGGAUUGGUUAGGGCUAGAGGACAAAUGGAAAGAACAAAAAUAAACACAAAGCUUUGGUAGGCCUGUGCUGGCCCACUAGUUUCCCUACCUCAGGUUGGAAACCGCGUCUAUUACUCCCCCAGGUUCACCUCGAACAGGUUGCUUCUCUCUGUUGCACACAUAUCGAUGCUUCUGUUUUAAGUUCUGUGCAUUCAUUUACUUUGUUUUUGUCCUUCACUUGGAGUUAGAUUUGUGGAGGUACUAGUUUUCUUCAGCGUGGUCCUUUUUAGGAAGGGGUGGAAACUAGGCAUUCUUUUUGGUUUUCAGCUAACUAAUUAACUAUCAAUGCCAACUUUAUUUGGCUAAUGCAUAGUUUAUACUCAAUGCAUAGUCUACGUGUAGUAGGUUAGUCUUUGUGAGUCCUAUAAACAGAGCAAGGGUUGAGGAGGAAAAAAGAGCCUAUCCUGAAAAUGGGGUCUUCUAAAGAAAAAGGGAAGGGCAUUGGAGGUGGGGAUGGAUUGGUUGGGGCUAGAGGACAAAUGGAAGAAACAAAAAUAAACACAGAGCUCUGGUACGCCUGUACUGGCCCACUAGUUUCCUUGCCUCAAGUUGGAAGCCGCGUCUAUUACUUCCCCCAAGGUCACCUCGAAUAGGCUACUUCUCUUUCGCACACAUGUCGAUGCUUCAGUUUUCAGUUCUGUGCAUUCUUUACCUUUGUUUUUUCCCUACACUAGGAGUUGGAUUUUUUGUGGUGCUGGUUUUCUACAGGAAGAUCCUUUUUCAGGAAGGGGUGGGGAACUGGGGAUUUUUUUCGUUUUCGGCUAACUGAUUAACUAUCAAUGCCAACCUUAUUUGGAUAAUGCAUAAUUUAUACUCAAUGCAUAGUCUACGUGUAGUAGGUUAGUCUUUGUGAGUCCUAAAAACAGAUCAAGGGUUGAGGUGGAAAGAAGAGCCUAUCCUGAAAAUGGCUUCUCCUAAAGAAAAGGGGAAGGGCAUUAGAGGUGGGGAUGGAUUGGUUGGGGCUAGAGGACAAAUGUAAGGAACAAAAAUAAACACAAAGCUCUGGUACGCCUAUGAUGGCCCACUAAUUUUCUUGCCUCAGGUUGGAAUCUGCGUCUAUUACUUCCCCCAUGGUCACCUCGAAUAGGUUACUUCUCUCUGUCGCAGACAUAUUGAUGCUUCAGUAUUUAGUUUCGUGCAUUCGUUUCCUUUGUUUUUGCCCUUCACUUGGAGUUGGAUUUGUGGAGGUGCUGGUUUUCUACAACAAGGUCCAUUUCAGGAAGGGGUGGGGAACUGGGGAUUCUUUUUGGUUGUGCCUAACAGAUUAACUAUCAAUGCCAAUCUUAUUUAGCUAAUGCAUAGUUUAUACUCAAUUCAUAGUCUACGUGUUACGUUAGUCUUUGUGAGUCCUAAAAACAUAGCAAGGGUUGAGGUGGAAAGAAGAGCCUAUCGUGAAAAUGGCGUCUUCUAAAGAAAAGGGGAAGGGCAUUGGAGGUGGGGAUAGAUUGGUUGGGGCUAGAGGAAAAAUGGAAGGAACAGAAAUAAACACAGAACUUUGGUAGGCCUAUGCUGGCCCACUAGUUUCCUUGCAUCAAGUUGGAAACCGCGUCAUUUACUUCCCCCAGGGUCACCUCGAACAGGUUGCUUCUCUCUGUUGCACAAUUAUCGAUGCUUCAGUUUUAAGUUCCGUGUAUUCAAUUCCAUUGUUUUUGCCCUUUACUUGGUGUUGGAUUUGUGGAGGUGGUGGUUUUCUACAGCAAGGUCCUUUUUAGGAAGGGGUGGGAACUGAGGAUUCUUUUUGGUUUACUACUAACUGAUUACCUAUCAAUGCCAACCUUAUUUGGCUAAUGCAUAGUUUAUACUCAAUGCAUAGUCUACGUUUAGUAGAGUAGUCUUUGUGAGCCCUAAAAAUAGAGCAAGGGUAGAGGUGGAAAGAAGAGCCUAUCCUGAAAUGGUGUCGUCUAAUGAUAAGGGGAAGGGCAUUGGAGGUGCGGAUGGAUUGGUUGGGGCUAGAGGACAAAUAGAAGGGGGUGAAAAACACAUAGCUCUAGUGCGCUUGUGCUGGCCCACUAGUUUCCUUGCCCCGGGUUGGAAGCCGCGUCUAUUACUUCCCCAGGGUCACCUCAAAUAGGUUGCUUCUCUCUGUCACACACAUAUCAAUACUUCAGUUUUCAGUUCGUGCAUUCAUUUCCUUUGUUUUUGCCCUUCACUUGGAGUUGGAUUUGUGGAGGUGUUGGUUUUCUAUAGCAAUGUCCUUUUCAGGAAGGGGUGGGAAACUAGGGAUUCUUUUUGGUUUUCGGCUAACUGAUUAACUAUCAAUGCCAACCUUAUUUGGCUAAUGCAUAGUUUAUGCUCAAUGCAUAGUCUACGUGUAGUAGGUUAGUCUUUGUGAGUCCUAAAAUUAGAGCAAAGGUUGAGGUGGAAAGAAGAACCUAUCCUGAAAAUGGCUUCUUCUAAAGAAAAGGGGAAGGGCAUUAGAGGUUGGGAUGGAUUGGUUGGGGCUAGAGGACAAAUGGAAGGAACAAAAAUAAACACAAAGCUCUGGUACGUAUGUGUUGUCCCACUAGUUUCCUUGCCUUAGGUUGGAAGCCGAGUCUAUUACUUCCCUUAGGGUCACCUCGAACAGAUUGCUUCUCUCCGUCGCACACAUAUCGAUGCUUCAGUUUUCUGUUUCGUGCAUUCAUUUCCUUUGUUUUUGCCCUUCUCUUGGAGUAGGAUUUGUGGAGGUGCUGGUUUUCUACUGCAAUGUCCAUUUCAGGAAAGGGUGGGGAACCGGGGAUUCUUUUUGGUUGUGCCUAACUGAUUAACCAUCAAUGCCAACCUUAUCUUGCUAAUGCAUAGUUUAUACAGAAUGCAUAGUCUACAUGCAGUAGGUUAGUCUUUGUGAGUCCUAAAAAUAGAGCAAGGGUUUAGGUGGAAAGAAGAGCAUAUCCUGAAAAUGACAUCUUCUAAAGAAAAGAGGAAGGGCAUUGGAGGUGGGGAUGGUUUGGUUGGGGUUAGAGGACAAAUGGAAGGAACAAAAAUAAACACAGAGCUCUGGUACGCCUGUGCUCGCCCACUAGUUUCCUUGCCUCAGCUUUGAAGCCGCGUCUAUUACUUCCCCUAGGGUCACCUCGAACAGGUUGCUUCUCUCUGUCGCACACAUAUCAAUGCUUCAGUUUUCAGUUUCGUGCAUUCAUUUCCUUUGUUUUUGCCCUUCUCCUGGAGUUGGAUUUGUGGAGGUGCUGGUUUUCUACAGCAAAGUUCUUUUCAGGAAGGGGUGGGGAACUGGGGAUUCUUUUUGGUUUUCGCCUAACUUAUUAACUAUCAAUGCCAACCUUAUUUGGCUAAUGCAUAGUUUAUACUCAAUGCAUAAUCUACGUGUAGUAGGUUAGUCUUUGUAAUUCCUAAAAACAGAGCAAUGGUUGAGGUGGGAAGAAGAGCCUAUCUUGAAAAUGGCUUCUUCUAAAGAAUAGGGUAAGGGCAUUAGAGGUGGGGAUGGAUUGGUUGGGACUAAAGGACAAAUGAAAGAAACAAAAAUAAACACAGAGCUCUGGUACGCCUGUGCUGGCCCACUAGUUUACUUGCCUCAGGUUGGAAACCGCAUAUAUUACUUCCCCCAGGGUCACCUCGAACAUGCUGCUUCUCUUUGUCGCACACAUAUCGAUGCUUCAGUUUUCAGUUCCUUGCAUUCAUUUCCUUUGUUUUUGCCCUUCACUUGGAGUUUGAUUUGUGGAGGUGUUGGUUUUCUACAGCAAGGUCCUUUUUCAUGAAGGGUUACGGAGCUGGAGAUUUUUUUUGGUUUUUGGCUAACUGAUUAACUAUCAAUGCUACUGGAGCGUUCGGCGAGGGGGAAACGAGCAUCGCCCUUUGAGAUUCAAACUUGGGAGCUCCAAGCUGAAAACCAGCAGUUCGACCACUCCGCCACGACCUUGUUCGGAAAUAAAAAAGUGAUUUAAUCAUAAGACAAAGGUACAAAGUGAGCAUCUAUUAUUACAUUGUUGAAGUGUUCUUUUCCAUUUCGAUACUAGAUAACACGUAUUUUACAAGUUAAUUAAUCAAUGGAGCUUCACUCAUUAGCACGCAACAAGAUUUUUAAUUAUACCCCACUUUAAAUAAAUCCACACGCAACUUCUCCCUCAACGGCCAACGCAAGUAAUUAACGAACCAUUAUAUUUCCCUAAUCAAAACCGAAGAUUUUUAAUUUUUAAUUUCUUCAUAUUAAUUAGUCAAUAGCAAUGAAGUCCAAGACCAAUCUCAUGCAACUCAAAAGCGACAAGUUGACUUUCUAUAAAUAAGCCUCUCAAAUUCCCCCACCGGCGAUGAAUCCCAACAACAACAGCACCGCCACCGGCGGCGGAUUCCUCGGAUCCCAGAACAUCGGCGGGUUCGGGUACGGAAUCGGAAUCUCCUUCGGCAUCCUCCUCCUAAUCACCACCAUCACUCUCGCCUCCUACUUCUGCGCCCGCAACAACAACAACAACAGCCACUCCUCCUCCUCCUCCGCCGCCGCCGCCGCUGCCUCACCCCAAAGAAGAUCGGCGGCGGAAUCCAGUACUGUAAGCCCGCAUCAUCAGGGCCACGUGGCGAUCGAGAUCGGGUUGGACGAGGCGACGCUGAAGAGCUGCCCGAAGCUGCUCUACGCGGAAGCCAAGCGGCGGAAGAAGGACACGACGGCGUCGUGUUGCUCGAUUUGCUUGGCGGACUACAGGAACUCCGACGUGCUCCGGCUCCUACCGGACUGCGGCCAUCUCUUCCACCUCAAAUGCGUCGAUCCGUGGCUUCUCAAGCACCCCACGUGUCCCUUCUGCAGAACGUCGCCGUUUCCGUCCCCUCUCUCCACGCCUCUCGCCGAGGUCGUCCCUCUUGCCAGCAGGCCACGCGGAUAAACGGAGAUCCAUCUUUUUUACCUUUUUAGUGGUUUAAUAUUUCUUCCGAAGAGGAUGAAAGCAUUUUCAUGUGACAUACAGAAUAUUUUGGAACAUAUAUGUAAAUUGUAGAGCUAGGGUUAAUCAAAUGAAAAUUACUUUCUAGCUUACAGCUGAUCAGAUUCCAAGUUUUCUUUAAUUAAUCAAAACUGAUUUGCUUGCUUAUCACAUGAUAUUGAUGAGCUAGAAUGGUUUGAAUCUUAUUCUCUUGUUAUAGAGAGUAUUAACUUAAAUACGAUAUUUUCUGUUAUAGUUCUAAUUAAUGGUUCUGGAGAAAGCUUAUUUAUUUGGUGUUUUUAUCCGUUAUGGCGACAAGAAACUCUAUAUACGAGAAUGGCAACAGGGCACAUUUGUUAAAGAGAACUUGAGUAAAACAAACAAUAGUAAUAAUUGGCCCCCAAAUAUAAAAACAUUCACUGUAAGUCUCUCACCCACCAACAUUAUCAGAAAAUUAUGCUCCAGUAAUAUAUGUGCAGUACCUGGCCCUCAGAUUCCAUUAUUUCCUUUUUCGGUUGUUUGUGAAUCAUACACUAGACCCAAUACUUGAUUCUUAACCACAACAAAAAUUUAUUGAUGGUGGAAAGUUAACUUUCCACUAUAGAGGCUGAAAACUUCCCCAACGACUGUAAUUAACUUUCCACUAUAUAUAUAGUGGCGUAUUUGGUGCACCCACUUUUUUUAUUGUACUCAGUGCAAUCUCCUCAUAAUCAUUAUUCUGAUCAUGUGAUUUAUGUCAAAACGGUAUCAAUUGUUGCUUAUGAUAUUGUGAACAAGAAGCACAUGAAUUUAAAAAAAAUCAUUUAAAAUUUACUUUAAUUUGAAGGAUUUAGGAUUUGGGGGUUUAGGGUUAGGGUUUAGGUUUACAGUUUGGGAUUUUGCAUUGGGAUUCAAAAUUGAAGGUUAAGGAGUUAGGGUAAUAGAUUGAUUUGUUAUGAUUCUAUGUCAUUAAAGUUCAAAAUUUGAUGUAUUAUGGACACUUUUAGAGAUGGGUGCACUGAGUGCACCGAAGUAGCCACCAUAUAUACAUACAUGGUGCCUUCUACGGUACCCCAGGUGAAAUUCGGGGUACCGCAUACCUUAAGUAUGAAAACGCUAUCUAAACCUCGAAUCAAAAGGAUUUUUGGGCAUGAUACUAUACACUAACCCUUAAUGAGUGAACCCUAGGUCCUAAUUAUCUAAAUCAUAAACUAUAAACCCUAAGAUGGUGCAUUGAUUUUUUUGUCAAUAUUUGUACGAAUCAUAGCUGUCGAUUAUUGUUUUUAAUUAAAUUGAACUUGGGGUAUAAGAUUUAGAGAAUUAAGACCUAGAUUUUGAUCUUUAAGGGUUAUAGUAUAGUAUCAUAUCCGAAAAAUCAGUCAAUUCAAGUUCUGAAUAGCGUUUUCUUACUCAAGUUAUGCGGUAUCCCGGAUUUCACCUUGGUACCGUAGAACUCCACACACACACACACACACACACACACACACACACACAUAUAUAUAUAUAUAGUUAUGUCUUCGGUGUACUCACUUUUUUGGGUGCAUUCAAUGCACCCGCCUUAUAAUAGUCAUUCUGAGCAGACGAUUCAUGUGAAAACGAUGUUAAUCAUCCCUUGUAGUAUGAUGAACAAGAACCACAUGAAUUUGUACAAAAAUCAUUCAAGAUUCACUUUAAUUUGAAUGAUUCAGGGUUUAGGAAUUUAGGGUUAGGGUUAGGGUUUACAAUUUGGGAUUUUGGGUUGAGAUUCAAAAUUGAAGGUUAAUAGGUUAGGGUAAUGGGUUGAUUAGUUGGGAUUCUAUGUUAUAUCAUCAUAUGAGACUAAUGCUACCCAUUAAAUUUCAAAAUUUGAU